AUGUUCAGCGAUGAUAUAACGAUAAUCGCCAUAGAAAAUAACAAGUGGUCACAACCAAUACAAACCGCACAAAGGAAUCAUUGCCUUAGUAUUCUAAUGUCGGACCAAACAAAUGAAUGGCAACCCUCGUCUGAUCCGCCAUCUGAAAGUAGAUAUCCUUUCUCUUCACCAGUAAGAAAAUUUAGCCAUACUCCAGAACGUCAUUCCAACAAUACGAAUAAAAGGGAUUGCUUAACUAGUGAUAGUAAGGGAAAGUCUUCAAUUGUAGAUGAUAUCUUGGAUCGAAGAAGGAAUCGUUACACUGAUGAUAACAUCAUCACGUCUUCACCGACCUCUUCGACGUCGAAAUCACGAGCUGACAAAAAGCACGAAAAGAUGAACUUGUUGCGAGAUAAUCAACGUCAAGAAAAGUUAGUAUCCAUAAGAGGUGGAUUAGAUAAGAUGGAGCAAUUUGUCAUGGAGGGUGAACGAUUAAGAGAAAUCGAGUCAUUGAAACAAGAAGCUGAAAUUCAUGCCAUACCGACAUCCUACAUAGAUGAGUUUGAACAAGAGAGUGCAAGUGAAGAUGAAGAAGAAAAUGUAUCAGAUGAUUCAGAUGAAUUAGAAGAUGACGAGUUGAUUCGAAUGCUUGAGCUUCAAGAGGGAUAUGAGAAGGAAUUGGAAAAAUUAAUGUCUGAUUUGUCCGUAGCAUGA